UCGCCAAGGAGGGAGAUAUUCUGCGACGAGGGCAGUGCGGCCGCGACGCCGCGUUUCUCCAAUUCAGGAACAAAUGGGGCCACGUGGCGGACUUAAUGGCCAUCGCAGCGUGCAUGGGCCCGGCUUGACGACGACACGCAGCCUCGACCAGCACUCCAUCUUAAAUCCCACCGUAAUUCUCACUGUCCUUGCUUGUGACCACCACCAACCACGUUCCUUCGCGCGCCCUCGUCUUUUCGCCUUCUCCCCCUCGUCUGUCUGAUCAGCGCCAAUCGCGCCACAUGUCGUCCCCCAGCGUUCUUCCCCCGACGUUCAACGCGCUCGCCCCAGAGCAGCGCGGGCGUCUCAUGCGCUCGACUCGCAAGCUCGGCGCGCUACUGGGCACCACCCCCCACCUGAUCGAGGACGCCGGCUCGUCCUCCCCCUCCCAAUCGCCGGUCAGACGCCCAUCCACGAGCUCUGGAACCGUAGCACGCCUCCCCAUCGGCACCCAACACUCGUCUCGCACGGAAUCUCCCUCUCCUGCAGUCGUGUCGCGCUCCCGGCGCCGUGAAGUCAGCAUCUAUGGACACAGCCCAUCCGAUUCGACCACCUCCCGCGCGUCCUUCGAGCUCGCCCCCGAGCCCCCCACGACGGAAAAGGGUCACACGCGGCGCAAGCCCAGCCUGUCACUCGCGAGUGCGACAGCGCGGCAGAAGCAAGAUGCCCCCGCGCCGCUGUUCCUGCGCCUACAGCCCGUGCCCGGCCCGAGCGCCCUCGCACCCGCCAGCCCCGGCCAAUCCACCUCCGCCCCCGCGACACCCAACACCGCGACCUUUGACACGCCCCCCACGCCCAUGACGCCCCUCACGCCCCUGCUCGCGCCGAACCUCCCGCCUCAGGAGUAUCGCCGGAAGAAGAUGGCCAAGCUCGCGCGCACCCUUGGCGAGAACGGUGCGUCGGGACAGGCUGUCACUUUCGCUUGUUCCGACUGACUGAUCGACGGCUUGACAGUUCCCCCGUCCCUCGUGUUUGGCGACGACGCGCAGGACCCGUCGUUCAUGCUGCGGCGGUCGCGCAGGCGGAGCCGCAGCGUGUCCGACCUGUCGGCGAGCUGGAACGCGUGGGCGCUGCCCAGCGAGCAACCGAAGUUGGGUGUGGGCAAGGAAAAGGAAAAGGACCAACCGGCGGCCGAGCCACAGCCUCAGCCUCACCUUCAGCCUCAGCCGCAACCCCCCU